GAGACUCAAAAAGCAACGCACUGGGGGCCCAAGCUGUUAGUUGUGCGUCAAUCUGACUGAUAUAUGUGUUGAAAACUAUUGGGCGCGUACAAUUAUUAUCGGCAGUGAUCUGGAGCCGCUUAUUAUUUACCGCGGCUGCGUCUGCGUGCGUCUUUACCUUUAAGGACCUGCGACAUUUUUUCCCCAUAUGAACAUCCAGCUGUCUACCGCCGAGAAUCUCUGUGUUGUAGGGCUAGUUUUUGGAAAAGAACGCGCGGAUGGUUUCUUUUAACUGAUCUCGAUGUUUAAGCUGUAAUUUGCGUCGGCCGAACUCGAGCGCCGGAGGGGCGCGAGAGGACACCGCGCUCGAGAACAUCGCGUGGAGGAGGGGACGAAGACACAGAGGGGGUGUUCACUCAAAAUACUAUCCCUUUAAAACAAGGGGGACACGGCGGUGGGGGAGAGACAGCGGGGCAGAGAAGACGGGAUAAAAAAGAAAAGGAAGAAAGAGCGAGGGUGGGAGGGUGAGAGUAUUGCAGGAAAAAAAGGAAAAAAAUGUCAUCCUCUCGAUUGAAAUGCCGAGGCGGAGCCAUGGACGACGACCGGUGAGGCGCUCGCCAGACGCGAAUGAGAUUUAACGCAACGCCGAGGCUCGCGUAGAUGCCGCUCCGGGCCUGGAGGAGGAACCUUAUAAUAAAACUGAUGGCAUUAUUUUAAACCACGCCAUGCGAGCAAAUGAAACAUUACACUGCCUUUUGAAUUCUAUUACUUUUGCAUGAAUUAUUACACAGCGGUCUGAUUAAUAAGAAAACAUUGCAAGCAGACAUUCUUUUUAGAUUAUAUUUUUAAGCAUGGUCGCUCACUGUGUUAUGUGACAAUGCGGCGUUAAUAACACACCGUGACUGACAGCUGACAUUUCUUAUUUUGUACUAUUUACGGUAAAAUAUAUAUUUAUCUUCGUCCGUGUAAUAUGCAUUCUUUCACGUUUUAAAUUUCACUGUCAUUUUAUAUUUGGUAGCUUUACAUUUUAUUAUGUAGAUUUGAUGAGGUAGUGGAAGGAGACGUUGUCCAUUAGGAGAAACAAAAAAAAAUUGACUCGUUUGUUUAAAGCGACGCCAGUACUGUUCUAUACGUCAUGAUGGAUGCAGCUUGGAGCAAUUUCCUCUUUCAGACUCCGCCUUCACAGUCCCAAACUGACGGGAGCCUCCAAUCAGAUCUUCUCCCAGAGCUCACGGAUGCCGCUCAGGACCCGCCCCCUGAGCACAUGGCCCCGCCCCCAUCCACGGUGGACACCGCGGCGCUGAGCGAGGAGCCCGUCCCGGUGAAGCCAGUCACUCGGCCGGCCCGACCUGCACACAUCUGCUCCAUAUGUAACAAGCAGUUUAAGAACAGCUACAACCUGCGGCGUCACCAGUCUGUCCACACUGGAGUGAAGAUGAAGGACCGGGCCGCUAGAGAGAAAAUAGAUGGAAGCAAGGCCGGAGCACGAGUGGAGAGGCAGACCAUCCCUCUCUCUCUCCUCCAGCUGUCUAUACCUGCCUCCAUACCCACGGCGGUCGACCCCAUGUCACAGCCUGCCCCAAUCAGCAACCAGCAGCUAGAGACGGUGGCUCUCUCUCUCGCCCCGGCAACGGUCGCCAUGACAGUGAACCAGCCCCUCCCUACUGCAGUGGUGGUUACUGGGACAAUGGUUCAGGCUGCACCAAAUACCAACAUCAACGAUGCCCUAAAUAAUCCCACCCCCAUCCAAAUAUCUAUCCCAAUAACAAACCCGUUACCCAUCAGUCCAGCUCCCAACCCCAGCCCUAAUCCGGUCAGGAAGAACCAUGCGUGUGAGGCCUGCGGGAAGGCGUUCAGGGACGUGUACCAUCUUAACCGGCAUCGCUUGUCCCAUUCGGACGAGAAGCCGUACUCCUGUCCGAUCUGCCAGCAGCGGUUCAAGAGAAAGGAUCGGAUGAGUUAUCAUGUUCGGUCACACCAGGGAGGAGUGGAGAAACCGUAUGUGUGUCCACACUGUGCCAAGGGCUUCUCGCGGCCCGACCAUCUUAACAGUCAUGUGCGACAGGUGCACUCCACAGAGAGACCCUUCAAAUGUCCGACAUGCGAAUCCGCAUUCGCUACGAAAGACCGGUUACGAGCUCAUAUGAUCAGACACGAGGACAAGGUUCCCUGCCACAUCUGUGGCAAACUUCUCUCCCCUGCUUACAUCACGGAUCACAUGAGAGUGCAUAACCAAUCACAGCAUCACGUCUGUCACCUCUGCAACCGCAGUUUCACCACUCUGACGUACCUGCGUGUCCACGCUCAGAAGCAUCAUGGGCAGGAGUGGAAGGACAGUGGGAUCGGCCGUGGCUCAGGCCCAGGCGGGGUGCUGUUAUGCCAGCUGUGUGGGGUACACUGCAAGACACCCACACAGCUGCAGGGUCACAUGGCCACGCACGCAAACCAGACGGACCCCAAUGUUUCUUGCCCCAUCAGCAGCAGCAGCAGCUCUGUGGCGACUGUGGGGAUAGCCACUGCUGCUUCCAGCACUCCGGUCACAGUCGGGCUGCUGGUGACUGACUGCUCCAGCAUUGCUCCUCAGAGCCACAGCUAGCCAACAGCACACCACGAGGGGAGGGGGGGGGGUAAUGGGUGGGAGGGGAGAGAAAUCUAAGAGGAUGGGCCAAACUUGGACAGAUGCAGUUUGUCACCAGUCAAUCAAACCAAACAAUGUUUCUCACUCCAGGGUGCCAUGGAAAUGCCAACACAAUGUUAACCCACCAGUUACCCACCUCUCUCAUCCACCUCAAAUCUAACUGGGACUGAGCAAGAACUGAAUGACUCUCCUUAAAAUACAUGUGUCUUUUGAAUGAACUGAAGAAACAUCACCCUGCUUCACACUCACUUUUAUUGUGCAGGCAGAGCAGCAAGUCUCCCUGGAAUCACUUUUCCCCGUACGCUUUGAUCUGCUCUGAUGGAUACAGACUGAAAGUGUUUAGAAGAAGAGCUUAGGAAGGUCCGAUGGAUGACUGGUUCGGGUGUCAGUACAUUUCCUUGGUUUUAAAUGUAGGCUGUUAUUAAGUGCUGUCCCACUUAAUUAUUUAAAAAAAUCCAGUGUUGAGGAAUGUAGAACACUAAGAGGAAUUGACAUAUUAUGCCUCCCAACCUUUCCUUAUAUAAUAAUGGCUCGGAGCAACAUGAACUUCAAAUCCAGACGAGAUACGUUUUAUAAAUAAAUUUACUCUGUUGUAAGAGAUCAAUCCAUCAUAAAUGAUCUUGACAGAAAUGACACCUCCGCAGACGUAUGAGGGGAUGAAAUGUAGGAUUAGAAAACAAAGUUUUAAAGAUGGUCACAAGGACAAAAUAUUUAUAUUUGAAAUGUACGUAAUAUGUGAGUAGUAAAAAAAGCAUCUAUCGUUCAAUGCCUCCUUUGAUAUUUUUCUCAUUGAUCUUGAUCUUUUUAUUUCAUUUAAGAAGUUAAACGGAUGUAAUAAUGUUGAUUAUGUUGCAUAAGAUCUGUAACCUAUGUUUCCAGUUCUGUUUGUGUUGAUGCUUGUUUAAAGCCAAUAUGUGUCGCUGUGCUCUUAACCUAAAUAAUCUCUGUAUAAUGAACAUGCACCUAAUUAUACUGCAUUUAACUUA